AUGGCUUCUCUGCACAGGAGGUGCCAGCGGGAGCCAGAUGCGAAACCACAGUGGCUGCUCAUCGAGUUCAGAGAUGCAGUGUGCAGUGAGGACCCCUGGGAGCACAAGGAAUACAUGGCCAAGGUGUGGAUGGGCCACUUGCUCACCCACCCUGCUGUCAAGCUCAACUUGUCCAUGCUUAUGAUCCUCAAUGAGGUGUUGAUCACCAGCCAGACCCCCAUGACGCAGCCCUGGAGUGAUGGCUGGAACAUCUUCAACUUCCUCCUCAUGACCCUGAGGCUGAUGAGGCUGCUGCAGGUCUCCAGGCUGGUCAAGGGGCCGGCCAGGAUGCUUCAGGCCAUCCUCAAGGUCAUCCCCGACCUCUGCAACAUCACAUUCAUCCUCUUUAUUUCCAUGCUGAUUUUCUUGGUGCUGGGCAUCAUCUUGUUGGGCAAGUCUGUCCUGGCCCAUUUUGGUGACCUGGGGAAGGCCCUGUAUUCACUCUCUACCUGCAUCACGCUGGAUGGCUGGCUGGACAUCUAUGAGGCCUUCCAUGAAGAAGGGCAGACCCUGAAGAUGAUGGCAGCCAUUUACUUCAUUAUCUUCAUCAUGAGCGAGGCCUUCAUCUGUGCCAACCUGCUGGUGGCCGUGAUGACAUCCAGGCUGUGGGAAUCCCUGUUCACCCACACCAAGGAGGAGCAGAGGGAGCAGGAGCCCAGCCUGGAGGAGAGCCAGAAUCAGCUGAAUGGUGGGGUGGCCAACACAGACCCUCAGCUCAGCCCGAGGGUGAUGGGGGACAGGGUCUCCAUGAACAUCUCCCAGGACCUGUUCACCUACAGCGAGUUGGGCAAAGUGAACAAGAGCAUCUUGCAUGAAGUCCAAUGCCUCUUGGAAAGCAGCAAGCAGAACAUCAGAGAGUACAAACAGAUCUGUGAGGAGCUCAACGUCAUAGGCAAGAAAGUGAGGGCCAUUGAGUUCAAUGUGGUGCAGGAGCAUGAGCUGAUUCAGCAGAAGCUUUUCUACACCACCUUCUUGGACAGCCCUUACCCUAGCGAGGUCACAUUGACAAUGUGUGGGGACAUCAUCUCCACUUUGUCCAAACUGGAAAGGGCACACCUGGUGCACCCCAAGGACAUGUGGUGGGUGGCUGAUGGCCAGGACUGGGGGCAGAGAGUGGCAGGUUGGGUGAAGUGGUGUGAGUGA